GGGGCGGGGCUCCGCCGCCGGGCUCCCCAGUCAGCGCUGCCUGCGGCUGCCGGGCUGGCUGACAGGAGCGCCCCGGAGGGAGCGAUGGGGGAGCGCGGCCGCCGGGGCCCCUGAGACCCCGCCGCGCCCCAGCCCCGGCCUCCGCCAUGGAGCUGGAGCAGCCCGGGGAGCACCCGGAGCCGCGCGCCGCCGCCGGGGGCAAGCGGUCGCCCCGCAACGGAUUUUGUCGAGAGUCUUCCACAGAACAUGAUCCACCUCCUACUACAGAUGUCGAACAGAUGAGUUUCUCCUCACCUGUGCUUCCCAUGAACUCUGUGGGCAAUGACCGGGUUGAUCAGCGAACCUGCCUUAUCUGUGGAGACAGAGCUACAGGUCUGCACUAUGGUAUCAUCUCCUGUGAAGGCUGCAAAGGGUUUUUCAAAAGGAGCAUUUGCAACAAGCGGGUUUACAGAUGCAGUCGAGACAAGAACUGUGUCAUGUCACGCAAACAGCGAAACAGAUGCCAGUAUUGCAGGCUGCUCAAGUGCCUCCAGAUGGGGAUGAAUCGGAAAGCAAUCAGAGAAGAUGGCAUGCCAGGAGGCAGGAACAAAAGUAUUGGACCUGUCCAGAUAUCCGAGGAGGAGAUAGAACGAAUUAUGUCUGGACAAGAAUUUGAGGGGGAGGCAAACAUCUCUUGGAGUAACAAUGGAGACAGUGACCAUAGUUCUCCCGGGAAUGGAGUUUCUGAGAGCAACCAGCCAUCACCUGUUUCUACUCCGUCUUCAAGUAGGUCUGUGGAGCUGAAUGGAUUCACUGCACUCAGGGAUCAAUAUAUUGGGACUCCAGUGUCCACGCACUAUCAGUACCUACCGCACCUUUUUAACUAUUCUGCUCACUCAGCUCUGAUGCCCCCACAGACCCGAAGCCUAGAUCCCCAGUCACAUAGUCUUAUCAAUCAGUUAGUGUCAGCUGAGGACCUGGAACCACUUGGCACUCCAAUGCUUAUUGAAGAUGGGUAUAAAGUGACUCAGGCAGAGCUGUUUGCAUUGCUGUGUCGUCUGGCAGAUGAGUUGCUUUUCAGGCAGAUUGCUUGGAUUAAGAAGCUGCCAUUCUUCUGUGAACUCUCAAUCAAGGACUAUACUUGCCUGCUAAGUUCCACAUGGCAGGAGCUGAUUCUGCUGUCCUCACUAACCGUUUACAGUAAACAGAUCUUUGGUGACCUUGCUGAUGUAACCUCCAAGUACUCUCCCUCUGAUGAUGAGCUGCACAGAUUCAGUGAAGAGGGAAUGGAGGUGAUGGAACGGCUGAUCUACCUCUACCGCAAAUUUAACCAGUUGAAGGUCAGCAAUGAGGAGUAUGCAUGUAUGAAAGCCAUUAACUUCCUAAAUCAAGACAUUAGGGGCCUGACGAAUACAUCCCAACUGGAGCAGUUGAAUAAACGGUAUUGGUACGUGUGCCAGGAUUUUACGGAAUACAAGUACCCACAUCAGCCAAACCGUUUUCCAGAUCUAAUGAUGUGUUUGCCAGAGAUACGAUACAUUGCAGGAAAAAUGGUGAAUGUCCCUCUGGAGCAGCUGCCCCUCCUUUUUAAAGCCGUUCUGCAUUCCUGCAAGACAAGCGUGAGCAAAGAGUGAGCCUUCAUUGCCCCGAACCCAUGCCUUGCUCUAGUGCUUCAGGUGGGGAACUGGCUCACAUGUGAAGAGAGAGGGGGGGAAAAAAACCAUGAUCAAGGCAGUAGAGAGCUGCUGAGACAAGGUGGCAGGUAGCCCUGUCACUGUAGCAAGAAUCUUUUGUUUUUGUUUUUUAAACUCUUUUCCUAUAUAUUUAUUUCACGACAGAGUUGAAUGUAUGAUCUUCAACACAGUGCACAUGGUUCUGUAUGAAUGCAGCAGCUGCAUUCUCUUGCAGUUUACAGAAUGUAAAGAUGUUUAAUGUUACAGUGUUUGUUAGGGUUAGUUCUUUUGUAUUUGGGGGGCUGGGGGCCGAUAUGACUAAGACUACCUCAAUGAGAAGAUGCUGUUCAUGUACUGAUCAUUUCAUUAUUCAUAUCCAAAGUGUUUGCCUAGAGAGCAAACUGCCUCACUCCACUGGGAGAACUAUUAGCAUCCCAAAUGCUGGAGAAUAUUGGAGGAGUGUGGGCAUCAGAGAAGUGCCAAGCUUCAAAAAAGAUAAGUGGGGGCAAAGGUGUUACCCCAAAACCAGAAUUUGGGUACCCCCAGAAUAGCCAACCUGUUCUCAUUAAGUGUGGGUCUCCAGGGUGGCUAAGGGAAUACUUGGAGGACACAGAUACAGCCGUGGAUAAAUGAUUGACACAAGCAGUGUUCCAAAACAAGGCACCUUUUGUUGAACAAUUUCUUGACACAGUAACAAUCUAAACACAAAUCCCUCAUAACAAGUUAAAGAGCACCUCAAACCACAUUGCCUUAUAGCUUGAAAUGAUACUGAGUGGAUGCUCCCUGCUUCAGAUGGUCAGUCUGUCGCAGGUAGCUGACAGCCAUUUUUAGAUGUCCAUUAGCUUUUACACGUAUAAACCCCUUUCACAGUCCACACACACAUGCAUACAUCUGUAUUAACCCCCCCGCACACGCAAACACUAGACUAUGUUAUAACUAUACCGGUUACUCUGUCUGACCGUACUCAGCUGACGGCACAGUAUAUUUCCCUGUUUUCUUUCUCUCUCCACUCCUCUGCUGCGUCCUUCUCUUCUCCCACUGCUUACUGCUGCUUCUCCUUCGUCUCACCCUCACCUCUUUCACGCCUCCCUCUGCCUUCUCAGCUCUCUGCUCAGCUGCCUUCUCAACUGUCAGCUGCUGCUGACUUUUAUACCCUACUUUGCUAACGGUCACACAUCCGCCAUUCCAGUUGGCCGUUACUUACCUCAGUGUUGUGAUCUGUCAUUUGUUGUUUACCACUUCCUAGUGCUACAUGACCUGCAGCUGUCAGCCAGUGGUGGAGUGACUCUUGCUUAUUUAAAAUGGAAGCCAGGAAUCUAGGGAUUUCAAAAUGGAGUUUCUCUGGAAUCAGAGGGAGAAAUUAAGACUUUUUUUGGUCAACUAGCUAAACUUCAUCAGUUUUCAAAUGCAGCUCUCAUGAUGUAAAUUGGGUCCCCCUGAAAUUCUGUCACGAGAAUUGCAGCAUUCCAAGGCUGAGAAAGACCCCUAACCCACAUUCCCCUUCCCAGGGCAAUGCAGAAUUGUUCUCUCUCUCUCUCUCUCCAACUGAUGCAUGAUUAUUCCCUCACGACUCUCCUACCAAACUGGAAUUGUGUCGUAAUUAAUAACAGGCUUUGAACAAGGAGGCAGAAAUAAACCAGGCAGACUGCAAAUAAUUUAAUUAUUGGCUAAAUGCUAUCUCUUAGAAUCACAAACUGGAAAAGCAUUCUAAGAAGCCUGGGCAAUAUACGUUCUCCAUGGCUAGAUCUGGCCUAGUUUUUAAAUUACUCCAGUGAAGAGUUUCAGAGUAACAGCCGUGUUAGUCUGUAUUCGCAAAAAGAAAAGGAGUACUUGUGGCACCUUAGAGACUAACCAAUUUAUUUGAGCAUGAGCUGUAGCUCACGAAAGCUCAUGCUUAAAUAAAUUGGUUAGUCUCUAAGGUGCCACAAGUACUCCUUUUCUUUUUCCAGUGAAGAGGAUUUCCUACUGCAGUAGUUACAAGUAAUUGACAUCAGCGAACACUUCAAACCUCGCAGCUUCUAUCCCUCCUAUGGAUAAAAUAAAUGACUUCUGAUAAGAGAUUUCAGUAUCCUCUGCUAUUGGGUGUCUGUUGACCCUUGGAGAACAUAUGGGUAUUAACCAAGUGCUGCAUGUACCAUUUUAUUGCUUGGAGGGGAGAGUAGUAGGAAAACCUGGCUCUUAGUACAAUUCAUGUAUAUUACUUGGUUCUAAUUCUCCCAGAAUUUAGAUGUUCCACCCAGUAACUUCAGUCACUUGCAUUACAUCAAAAAUGCUUUACUUGCUGCUGUUCAGCUGUUUAACAACACAUAUUACUGUCCAUUAAGCCUCAGUGUCCUCCAUGGCUUCCUGUAGCCACACAAUUGCUAGCUGGGGAAGAUUUCUUUCCCUGUUUCCAUCAUUCAUAUAUUUAUGAAAUCCCACUCAUUCUAAUAGGCAGCCAUGUUGCCUUUGCUGAAUUUUCUGCUGGGACCCUUAGUUGUAAAUCUGUUCUGAGUGGUUACAUUAGGCUGAGACAUUUUUGAAUGUUAAAGAACCUGCUAUUUUUAAACUACCUUGAGUUCUUCAGAAAACAACUUCUGCUCUUCUGGGACGGGAGAAACCAUUCUUCUAUUCUUGCCAUCCUCUAUCCAGUCAUGACACAUCAGAGUGUAUGGCACAAAUUAAAUAUGUGGUCAGGAGAAGCAGUGUUUUCUUCUGAACAAGCCCCUGCUCUCCACUGAAGUACUGUACCUGCUAGUGGGUAGAAAAGAACUGGGUGAACAGCAGAAGCAUAUCAUUAAGUCAACCCCAAAUGCUACCUACAGACUAGUGGAAUAGCAACCCAACAGUCAUUGGAACUUGCUAGCUUGGCACAUCUCUAGGUCAGUCAACAGUUAUUCUGUACGAUAAGUGCAAAUGGGUCCUGCCUCCAAGAGAUGAAGACUACUCCAUCCAAAACCAUCUCAGCAGAGACAAGCUGUUGACUAACCAUGUAGACCAAAGGCAGUGUUGCUCUCUUUAGUUCUGUUUUGUGGAUCUUCCCACUUGAUUGUUUCCCUUGCUUUAGGUAGUCCACUAGCUGCUGAUAUACGCUUUCGUAAAAUAAGAUGUUACGGGUAACAGCUGCUGGGAUCAGCAGAAGUCCACUUUUAUAUCACUUGACGAAUCCAAAGUUAGUUUCAAGAAUCUCAUUUGCUUUCUGUUUAUAAAAUGAGACAAGCACAUAUUUCUCAGGAAAGCCUUCUGCAUUCAGUAUAUACCUCAAGUAUACAUGGGAAGAUUUUAGUGUAUCUGUUUAUUUCUAAGUUAGGAAAUAUUGACAGCUUUAACUUUCAUUUUCAAAUAAUUCCACAUGAUACUUGUAUUACGGGUUAUUUUCUGGCUUGCUUACACAUUUCAGGAAUAGUUUAACUGCACAGAAGUAAUCUUAUUCCACAGUUAUUAGAUUAUUAAUUAUUGAUGAAUAAGGGUUUGUUUUAAUUAGAAGAUCUCUAUGCUAACAUUAGAAAACUUGUUUUUGCCAAAUACCUGACAAAAACAUCUAGUUUGUACUCUGUCCAAAAUUAAUUGACUCCCCAAGAAAAUGCUGCACAAGCAAAGAUUUAAUAAACUUGAUGGGGAUGGAGGGGGGGGAUGUGCUACUACUUGCAACUGUGUAAACCAUUUUGAUAAAUGUUGAUUGGCAGCAGUAUCUGUUAACAAACCCCCAUGUAUCGCAGUGAGCAUAAAAGCUGUGCUAAAUUCACAAGCUAGAACGAGACUAACAUACCGAACCAGAACCUAACUCACUGGACAGUCGUUAAUGUUUUCUGCACCAAGUCCUCUAAUGACUUGUGUUUUUUAAACAGGGUAAAGUGAAUGUGUUGCAUUGCAAACUCAGGUAUUAUGAUGAGAAGAUAGGAAUGUAGCUAGAAAUGUAGUGACAUUAGGUCAGUCACUAGAUGUAUUUGUGAAUUUGGUUUGAAGGACAUCCUACAAAAGUCGGAAUUGUUUGUCCCAAUCUUCACAUAACAUUCGGUUUACAGGGAACCAUAUUUUAUUUGUGCUUAAUGCUAGUUAGGUGGGGAUGUUCAUUAUCUUUGGUAUCUGCUGUUGCUUAUCUGGACUUCUAUGACAGAAGACUCAAACGAUAAUAAUCAUUUUUGGCAGAAUUUUCUGCCAAGACAAGUCAAUAUUUAUCUCUGGUUUGAAAGAUAACUCAAUCGACCCCAUCCUUUCCUUCAUAGUAUUUGUGCAAAUGUAAAUCUGAAGAGUUUUUUUAGUCCAAACAGAUUUUGGGAUAUAAAUUUGAAGUGCAUAUGCUCACAUAUUCAGAGGGGGACUCAGUCUGGGAAUCGCAAAUGAACAAGUUUAAAGUUCUUGUAAUCUGCUCCAGGAAACACUCCAGGUUCUAAGUAUCAUCUCUCGCCAAUCACUGCAUUGCCAAGAAGCUGCUGCUACCAGCGAAUGGUGUGCUACUCCAUUAGCUCAAGUGGCAAGGUCACUGCUUUCAGUUCUGAAGGUGCUGGACUUAUGUGCUAAUGACCUGGCACUGCAGGCCAUGAUUAAAAGCCCGCUGAAGUCAGUUGGAAUCUUUCCACUGGCCCUCAGUGUUGUGAAUAAGGCCAUAGAAACACAACUUGAGCUGAAAGAGUAAAUUUUUACUCCAUUAGCUUUAGCAGUAGUAGGCUUUUAUCCUCUGUGGGGACCAGCAACUAGAAGGGGACAUAACUCACAAGCCAAGUGUGUCAUGCCAGCAAGAGAUCAAAGCCAGUUAUAACUAUAAAUUGUUAGUUUCAUAAACACCAUGAACGUUGGGUUCUCACCAAGGGGGAGGGGCCUAUCAGGUUUAUACUCAGCAGCACCAAUACAAGGAGGCAAACUUACAACCAGAGAUGACCCUAUGGCUGCCAAUAGUGGGGGGCAGAGUGAGGGCAGAAGCUUCAGCAGUGUUACUGAGCAUGCUCAGUCCAUGUGAGCAUGCUCAGUACAAGCCAAUCAGCAAAUUGGGGGGGGGGAGGGGGCAGCAUGUGACCCUGCAUGACCCUCCCACCGUGUCACCUAUGCUUACAACCAUGUGUAACACAUUGUUGUCUGUCUGUGUGACGCUAAACAUUCCUUUAGCACCACUGGCAUCUAGAACGGUCUGUGCAUCAAAAAGUCUAGUUUCUCAGGUUGGGGCAUCAGCAACAAAGAACCGCAUUGUUCUGCUCUCAUUUCCUGCUGCUUGUCAGGUUUGUGGGGAAGACAAGAACCUUCCAAAACAUAAUGCAUGCAGGGAAGCUACCAGUGCAGCCCCAACAGUGCACACACUGUGUGAAGAGAUGAAAUGCCUUUUCCUAAGCUGUGCCCAACGCCUGAAUGUGUGAAAUAUGAACACCUCAAUAGGUACCAUGUGGUGGGAAGAAGCUGAACUCUUCAUUGCAAAUAUUAAUUUCACAUGCACACUUACCACUCUUUGAAUGUUAAUAUCUUGGCCACUUUAACCCUUUCCAGCUCACUCCUAAAGCCUUUAGACAAUACUAUAGAGUAACACUUGCUUUUCAGUGGUUCGUGUAGCUGUCCACUUUUCCAUGUCUUCAGGUACUGAACUUUCUUAUCCACAGUUGCACAGGCAUAAAGACCAAAGAGCAGACCACAUGUUUUGAAAACUUAACGAUUAAAAAUGCAGCUCUUGUGGAUUAAAUGUUCAGUGUUGCUGUGUAUAUAUGCCAGUUUAGAAGCUGAGUAUUGAAUACCCUCAUCACUGAAAUGAAAAUGGCCCUACUGUGUCAGGUUUGUCAGUUCAGAUAUUUAUUGAUCCCCUUGAAUAUGCAAAAUUGGGCUGGACCUCUGUCAAAAGCAGAUGUUCUAAGAUUCACUUCCUGCUUCCAGCCAGCUCAGUGUCCCAGGGGAGCCUUUUCCCAAUGCUAUGGUGCUUUUGCUUCUUGUCAGAGCCCAAAAGUGCAAACACAGCUGCAGAGUUGAGGUAUAGGAGGUUGGAGAUAACACCUCAGAGAGGUUCAGUUCAAGAAGUGGGCAAAGAGCUGGGGGGCUAACUCUGCCUGAUCUGUUCCUAUGUCCCUUCUGAAUAUGUGUGCCUGAGCACUAGGAGGGACUCUGCUAUGCACAGGGCUGACACGGAGAACCUGCUAACAUAAAUGAGAAGGUUCACAACAAACGGGAUUUUCCCCUCUCCUGAGUAGGAAGACUGGAGACUGCUUUGAGUCUUGCUUGUUGUCUGCCCUGUAUGUCCCAUACUCCGUUAUGUUGCUGCAUUACAGGAUCUGUGUGCUGGUAUGAACAAACUCUUCAGACUUCGGCACAAAGCAGUGAUGGUCAUUUCUGCUUAUUGGUUUUAAAAGUCCAGUCCUUCAAACCAAUCUUUUUUUAAAAAACUUGAAUUUCUUUUAUCUUUAAUACUUUUUAAAAGGAAAACAACAACAAAAAUCCCUCCUGUGAAUGUGCUAUCACCGUUGGUUCAUUUCUUCUGCUUCGUCCUUGGUUUUGAUUUGAAGCUAUGAAGCUCGGUGUCUGUGAUGAUGAUAUUUCUGUAUUUCUCAGGAUAAGAAGCGGCAAUCAUCCCUGCCACAUAAAAGGCAGGAGAAGGGGGGAACUUGGGGAAGUAGUUUAAGUAUGAAGCCAAUUUGUAAGUUUUAGAUGAUGUAUAAAUCAAAGAUGACACUACAUAAGAUGUCAGCGUCAAGCUGUGGCGUUUCUUUGGGUUCUCAGUGCGUUGCUUGCAACGCGCACAGAAGCUCAGGGAUAUGUAUUUAAAUGUGACCCACUGAAACCCUCAUCUUGAUGUUGCAACAGUAGCUUCUUUCAUGGCCUGUUUGGAAGCCCAUUAUAAUCUCAGUAAGCAUCUCCACAUCUGGAUUUUGGGAAGAAAAAUCUGGCUUUAUUUGUGCGGAGUUCUUACAUCAGUGGCUUGUGUACAGUCAGUAACAACAAAUAACAAUUUCCUUCGGAUGUACGUUGCCUGUUCUGAGCUAUUGCAAAUCUGUAAGAAGACACCCUGAGUUACAUCAGGUCAGAUGCUGUGACUGCAUGGAUUAUAAUCAUUAGCGAUGUCAGUCUGUCAGGGCAAACUGGUGAGAGAAUACUGAUGUGCUGACAGGAGAAAAUGUCCAAGAUGGUUGCAAACUGCAGGGGAAAUCUUGGGAUGGCCUGGAGGUGUCCUGUAAUAACCCCUCCCCCCAUUAAGGCUUCACUAAACUUAUCAAAAAUAAUAAAACAUAGAAAUGCCCUCCCUCAGCCCAAUGUACCCAGCAGUGCCCUCUGCUGAUCUUGAUGGGCAUCUUUAAUGCAACACCUAGGGCUGUCAAGUAAUUAAAAAAAUUAAUUGCGAUUAAUCACACAGUUAAUAAUAGGAUAACAUUUAAAUAUUUUUGGAUGUUUUCUACAUUUUCAAAUAUAUUGAUUUCAUUUACAACACCAGAAUACAAAGUGUACAGUGCUUGCUUUAUAUUUUGUUUUUUAUUACAAAUAUUUGCACUGUAAAAAACAAAAGAAAUAGUAUUUUUCAGUUCACCUAAUACAAGUACUGUAGUGCAAUCUCUUUAUCAUGAAAGUUGUACUUACAAAUGUAGAAUUAUGUACAAAAAAACUGCAUUCAAAAAUAAAACAAUAUAAAACUCUAGAGCCUGCAAGUCCACUCAGUCCCCUGAAAUGGUGGAUGAAGCAUGAAAGGAUAUAUGAAUCUUUAGCGCAUCUGGCACAUAAAUAUCUUGGGACGCCAGCUACAACAGUGCCAUGUGGAUGCCUGUUCUCACUGUCAGGUGACAUGGUAAACAGGAAGUGGGCAGCAUUAUCUCCUGUGAAUGUAAACAAACUUGUUUGUCGAAGCGAUUGGCUGAACAAGAAGUAGGACUGAGUGGAUUUGUAGGAUAUGAAAUUGUACAUUGUUUGUUUUUGAAUGCAGUUAUGUAACCAAAAAAAUCUACAUUUGUAAGUUGCAUUUUCACGACACAGAUUGACCUACAGUACUUGUAUGAGACGAAUUGAAAAAUACUGUUUUUUUUGUCAUUUUUACAGUGCAAAUACUUGUAAUCGAAAAUAAUGUACACUUUGAUUUCAAUUACAACACAGAAUACAAUAUAUAUGAAAAAGUAGAAAAACAUCCAAAAUAUGUAAUACAUUUCAAUUCGGUUUCUAUUGUUUAAUAGUGUGAUUUUAAAAUUGUAAUUGUGAUUAAUUUUUUUAAUUGCGUUUAAUUUUUUUGAGUUAAUCACAUGAGUUAACUGCAAUUAAUCGAGAGCCCUAGUGACAACAUAAUCACGCUCUGAGAAAACGCCCCCUGGUGCUCGGAGAGCUCCUGGCAGGCCGUACUGGAGAACACAGAGGUCCCAGAGCUGUAGUAACACUGGGCACUUCUGCAUUUCCCUCUUCCAAGCACUUUACAAAUGGCUUGUGCUUUCUCCUUCAAAAACCUCAUUUUAAAAACGUAAUAAAUACGGAAGAGACUAAAAAUCAUGGUGCUCAUGGCCACGCCUUAAAAUGCCAGGCUCCAUGAUGGCACCCGUGAGGACUCUGCAGUCAUCCUCUUUUUGUAGAGUACAGCUUUCUCACUGCAGACCUCCUAGGGAUUUAGGUGCAUUCAAACUGCUUGAGAAUUGUACUGAGAGAAUAUCCAAACCAGCCCUAUUCCAUGAUAUAAUCACCACAGGUCGUUGUCUCAGGGCUUGUCAAUAUGGAUGCUUCGUAUAAAUCCACAGCACAGCAGCCUGCUGUGCGCUCACUAGCCCUUCCUGCUCCCUGAAAGGUCCCUCGUGCACUUUCCCUACUGAUGGUUGAAACAGUGGUAGGUCAAAGUACACUAGGGAACUUUUAGUGCACAGCAGCAUGAUCUAUACACAAACUGUGUGUGCAGCAGGCUUGUGCACUGUGGAUUUUACACCCUGGCUUGCUGUGCAGUGAGUGUCCAUAUAGAUGAGCCCUCAGACAGUGGCAGAAUGACCGAAUCUGACAAUGGUCAGCAGCCAUCCCCAGGGCUAGCGGGUUGUUUGUCUCAUCAGCCUGGUGUGCCAGUAUCUGGAAGCCUGAGCUUGGACUGUCCGUGCUCAGAGAUGUUCGCUUACUAUAGGUAUUAUUUUUUCACUGUGGGAGAAAAAAAGCCUGACUGUGCACUGACCUCUAACAAGUGUAUGAAAGAAGCAAUCAAAGGCAGAAAUGCCACCAAAGGCAGAAAUAAACAAACAAACCAAACCACAUGCCGAUCAGCCUCAGCAAAGCCUUUUGUGAUUCAUUGUUUUCUUUCAUUUUAUAAAAUGUCUUGUAAUAGUUGAUAACAUUAUUGACUCAAUUUCCAUAACAAAACUACCUCUUGUGUGACAUCCUGUUUAUCAUCUCAAAGGGAUUGUGUGAAAAACAAAAUACUGCUCCUCUUUCUGUUUACAUGUUUCUGAUGAAAAAUGUGGAGUGAAAAUGUCUCGGGUUUUGUGGCCAUUUUGAUUUAGUUGUCGUUGGGAUAUUAGUCCUUUAACAAUUGUUGCAGCAGCAUUUGAAUGUUCGGGUGACAUUUUGUGAUUCUGUUGAUCAGAACUGGAACUCCAAGCACCACCAUGGUGGAGACACCUGCCGAGGCUGCUCAGGUUUUGCUGGAACUUUAGUGAGUUUCACUUAGGCCAUGGCCACCUUCAGGAUUUCCCAUGGUGUCAGUCAGCCACGUCACGGUACCAGUGCAAACUUCUAGCAAGCAGGCACCCUCACUCUGAGCCCCAGUUUGUACCAGCAGAGCUGCACUGCUGCAAAUCCCCACGUGUCCCCAGUCAGCAAGAGACCAAGAAAACCAAAGCUCUGCACUUUCCUCCAGAGGGUGCCCAGGCCUCUCCAGGUUGGUUGCUAUGCUUUGCAAGGGCUGGCUGCAGCCCUUGCCCAACGUCUCCCUCUGGUUUGGUUUAACACACCAAGCAUGAGCCUGUUGUUGCAAAAUGCAGCUUUCACCAACUAAAUUGAAUUUCCUCUAUGUCACAGGCAUCUCGAAAGCCAUAGAACAGAGCCACACAAUGGGCACUGAACAGAUGCAUGAUAUGUAUGCGUUACAUUGGUAGCCAGGGAUUUCCUCAGCGUCCUUGUGCAUGUGUUCUAUGUUACAGACGUUUACAGCUUAAGAAGAAAAUGAGUCCAGAAACCCUCCCAAUUGCAUUGGCCCUUAGUCUCACCUGUUCCGUGUGGCAUAUCUGUAGUCAAUGUGCCUUCUCCUUGCAUUGGGACUGGGCCCUGUCAAUAGAUGUGCUAUAGGGAAUGUGUUUUCAUUCAAUCAAGCACAGCAAAACAAUUCAUUUUUCCCAUGAUCCCUUGCAUAAAUCAGGGAAGCAGGAUGUCACCUCAACAUAACUAAUAGUGAGCGUUUAGCUGUUAUGUUUAACAUGCUCAGAGCUGGAGUAUAGACAGGUUAGCAUGGCUGGCCCCUGCCUUCUUCCCCCAGGGAUCCCAGCUGCACCUCGGGGGGGCUGGUCACACUUCCCAUCUCAGGAGCUGUUUCUUGUCACUACACUAUGACCAAAUGAAUGUUUCUCCUGAUGUGUCCUGCUUGUGCCGUGGGGCCCGCCCUUCACCCACUGGUGGGCCAACGUGCAGGCUGCUCAUGUCUGACCUGUCUCUGCUCUGCUCUGUGACUUGACUACCUGUGGAAAUGUGACCAAUAAGUGUUAAACGCAUGUUUAGCAAGUGUUAGCUGUUUGAACUAAUAAAUGUGAAUUGUUCUGCG